CUGGUGAUAUCUGUCAAGAAGCAUCAUGUCUUUCUGUUGGGCAUGGCAGCAGAGGGGAAGGAAAGGAAGAAGCACAUAGUGUUCACAGUAUUGACCUUGAAAGUGAAAUGAAGAGCUAGCAUUGGAAAUAAAGCAAUAGUUAACUUUCCGAAUUGUUUGGAUUGCUUUCUGGAGGCUUUGCAUUGCCACCUUAAAUCAUGGACAUCGCUGGGUUUCUGAAGUCUCAAUUCAUUUGCCACCUUCUUAUCAGUUAUGUAUUUAUAGUGUCGGGACUGAUAAUCAACUUCAUUCAACUCUUCACAUUAAUCCUCUGGCCGUUCAACAAGCAACUUUUCAGGAAGGUCAAUUGCAAGCUGGCUUAUUGCAUUUCAAGCCAAUUGGUGAUGUUGCUGGAAUGGUGGUCGGGCACAAUUUGUACCCUCUACACGGAUCCCCAGAAUUAUGAAAAGUACGGGAGAGAGAAUGCCAUAGUAAUCCUUAAUCACAACUUUGAAAUUGACUUUCUCUGUAGCUGGAACUUCUGCGAAAGGUUUGGCGUCUUGGGGAGUUCCAAAGUACUUGCAAAAAAAGAGCUUGCUUCUAUGCCAAUCAUUGGCUGGAUGUGGUACUUCCUUGAGAUAGUUUUCUGCACGCGAAAGUGGGAGGAAGAUCGGAAAAAUGUCGUGCAAGCCCUGCUCAAUCUCCGGGAUUAUCCUGAAAACUUCUGGUUCCUGAUUCACUGUGAAGGCACCAGGUUCACAGAGCAAAAACACAAAAUCAGCAUGCAGGUAGCUGAAGCCAAAGGCCUACCCAAGCUCAAAUAUCACCUGCUGCCACGGACAAAGGGAUUUGCUGUCACCGUCCAGUGUUUGAGAAAUGUAGUUUCAGCCGUGUAUGAUUCUACACUGAACUUUAGAAAUAAUGAGAAUCCAACUUUGCUGGGAGUUUUAAAUGGGAAAAAAUACCAGGCAGAUUUAUAUGUAAGGCGGAUUCCAUUAGAGGAAAUCCCAGAAGAUGAGCAGGAAUGUUCUAAAUGGCUUCACAAACUCUAUCAAGAGAAGGAUUCUUUUCAAGAGGAAUACUACAGAACAGGAGCCUACCCUGGCACUCCCAUAGUGCCACCCCGGCGGCCGUGGACUCUAUUGAAUUGGCUCUUCUGGGCCAUAUUGUUGCUAUAUCCUUUGUUCAAGCUGUUCAUCAACAUGGUCAGCAGCGGCUCCUCGCUGACUCUGGCGACGUUUGCCUUUGUUUUCAUUGCAGCUACUGUUGGUAGUCGAUGGAUGAUAGGAGUUACGGAAAUAAACAAAGGCUCGACUUAUGGCAACCACGGCCACAAGGAAAAAUGAAAGUGAAAACUCCAGAGACUGCUUCAUACCCAAAGGGAACAUGCACGCCUCCUGUGGACUGCAGUGUAUCAUUCUCCUUCAAAUCUUCGGAAGCUGAAUGCAGUGAGAUGGCCAUGAAUUCAUUCUCUUUGCCCCUUAUUCCUUCCACUUGCAGGGGAUAUUGGUUCAUAUUCUGCACAUUAUUUUCAAAUUUCCCCCAUUCAGAUUAAGGAAAAUAAAAUAUGCAAUGAGACAGCGUAGGAAGCUUCUGA